GAGGGCGACAUUUAUUUUACAUUGAGAAGAGCUGGGAGGAGUCCGUGACCGAAAAUAAAAUAAAUUGCUAGGAAAAUGAAGAAGAGAUUCAAAACUCUCCUGAGUAGACAGGGUAGCAGCAGUACCAGUUUUGAAGAUGCAAGUCCUGUCGAGGAACAACCUCCUCAACCUGAACCAGUUCAGAAAGUGUAUACAAAGGAAGACAGAGAGUUUUCCAAUGAUCCAGUUGAAGAAGCAGAGGUCAUUGCUAGUAUAGAAGAACCAUAUUUUACAGAAGAUACCUUUGAUUGCAGCAAUUAUGAGCUUGAGAAACUCACAUCUGAACAAUUGGAUCUUGCUGCCAUUGAUGAGGAUAGAAACAAGCUACGAAGACAGCUACAAGCAGUAUCCAAGAAAUUUUCAGAUGUUGUGUUGGAAAAUCAAUCUGCCUAUACCAAGGAAUUACAAAGAGUUAUGGAGUUACAAGCUUCUUUACAGAAGGCGAGUGUGAUCUGCAUGAAUGGUCGAAGGCAAUUGUCGAUGACAAAGCAAGGUUUCACGGUAGCCAGUCUAAGGAUUCUGAAGAAUCAUAGGAAGAAACAGCAGCUUCUAGGACUACUCAAAUCCCUGCAUACUAUUGAUACGCUGCAAAGAACAGACAUAAGACUGAGAGAACUAAUGGAAGAAGAAGACUAUCCAGGUGCCAUUCAGCUAUGCCAGGAAUGUCAGCGAGCUGCAAGUAACUUUAAACACUACAAAUGCAUCAGUGAACUAAGCUCAAAACUUCAAGAUACAUUGGAAAUGAUCGAGGAACAACUUGAUAAUGCCCUUGCAAAGAUCUGCAGUAACUUUGACAUCAAGAAUUAUGAAAAACUCCAGACAGCAUACAGAUUAUUAGGCAAAACACAGACUGCCAUGGACCAACUUCACAUGCAUUUUACCAGUGCAAUUCACAACACAGCAUUCCAGAUCAUCUUGGGCUACGUCCAGCUGGUCAGUGGACCUACAGACUCCAGGUUUCAAAAGAUGCCGUACAGGGACUUAUGCUCGCAAAUUCACAUGGAGACGUAUAUCCCUUGCUUAGUGGAUUUGUGCAAGGCCUUGUGGGAAGUGAUGAAAAGCUAUUAUAAGACACUAGAAUGGCAUGACAAACAAGAGAGUUCUGACCAAGCCACAACACCAGAAUCAGAGGAAAUCCAGCAGACGAGUGAUGUAGAAGAGUCUUUCAGCAGACGGUACAUCAGGAAGAAAUUAGAACACGGUCUAGCUAGGAUAUGGCAGGAUGUCCAGCAGAAGGUCAAGACCUACCUCCAAGGGACUGACCUAUCCAGCUUCAAGUACGAUGAUUUCAUCUACGUCCUCGAUCUAGUCAAUCGGUUAAUAUCUGUAGGUGAAGAGUUCUGUGGCAGUAAAUCAGAAGGACUCCAUGAUUCUAUAAGGCAACAGAGUUUGAAUUACUUCAAGAGCUAUCACAGGGCUAGAAUGGAUGAACUGCGGAUGUUCCUCGAGAACGAAGGAUGGGAGAUGUGUCCCGUCAAGAGCAACUUCUCCUUCCAAAGCCUCCACGAGUUCAGGUUCCUCCGGGAGUACGACACCGUCACCUCCAACACCGGUAGCAGAGUAGAUGGGCGUGGCACGGUACUGACCUCGCCCACAGGGCGUGGCUUCUUCUCUAAGUAUGCAGAGCAGGGAAGUCCCUUUGAUAAACAGUUUUCAUCUGAUGAAGAAGAGGAUGAAGCCACUGCUAAUGGACCUGAGAAUGAGCGAUUCCUUGGUUAUGAAGACUCUGAUGAUAGUGAUGUUCCUGAUGAACUCAAACAGGACUAUGUAGAUGAAAAAACAGGUGAACAACCAGUCAAAAGGAACUCUUUGAAGAAGAAGAAAGCAGAGAGGGCAUAUAACAAGGGUCCCAUUCUCACCAAUACAACAUUGACAGUACUUAGGUUAUGUGGGAAGUAUAUGAACAUGAUGUCUGUUCUCAAGCCGAUAGCCUUUGAUGUGGUGCUAUGUAUGUCACAACUAUUUGAUUAUUACAUCUUUGCUGUCUACACUUUCUUUGCAACGGAUGUGAGUACAAUGAGUGGAGCAUCGCUUGGCAGUAAAUUAUGGACUACUCUAAAGAGGAUCAAUGAUAAUCUCAUUGAGCAAGAUCCAAACACUGCUAUGGUAUCUCAUUCAGUCGAUGGAAGGAUGAAAGUAGGUUUCCCCCAUGUCUCUCCGAUUGUUGAUCUGAACAGCAGUGAUGGGUUGUAUAGUCUUGCUGAAAGGGUCGUCGGUACCGAGUCUCUGAUAUUUCUUGCCAAUCAGUUUGAGUUACUCCAACCCCACCUCGAGUCUGUCAUUCCAGGCAGCAAGAAGGCUUUCCUUCAACAAUUCUACUCACAGACGGUGAGUGUGGCAAGUGAUCUACGUAAGCCGAUCUACCGGGGCGUGGCCUCUCGUUGCAUGGACUACGAUCGAAUCCUUCAGUUGAUGAUGACGGUCAAGUGGGACAUCAAAGACAUCAUGUCCCAGCACAGCCCAUACGUUGAUGCUCUAUUACAUGAUAUGAGCGGAUUCAGUAGUCGAUUAGCAGCCAUGAGCAACAAGCGAGUACCCAUACCUCAAGAAGCACACAGAGUUCUUUGGGAGCAUGUUAUCCGACUAGCCAAUCGCAUCCUAGUCGAGGGGUUUGCCUGUGCCAAGAAGUGUAGUAAUGAGGGUCGAGCCCUAAUGCAGCUGGAUUUCCAACAAUUUCUGAUCAAGAUUGAAGCCAUCGCACAAGUCAAGCCUGUACCAGAUCGUGAAUUUGUAGAAGCCUACGUGAAGGCCUACUAUCUCUCAGAGGCUGAUAUUGAAUUAUGGGUAAAGGAACAUAAGGAGUAUUCAGCCAAGCAGUUAAGUAGCUUGGUAUCGUGUGCUGUCGGCUCCAAGAAGGCACGGCAGAGACUCCUCAAUAGUAUAGAAGACUUUGAGAAGAAUAGACCAAGAUAGCAUUAUCAAUAACAUCACUCACUCAUUGUAGCAUCACUCACUCAUCAAAACAUUCUAGACCCUGUUUCAUGAAAUGUGUUAUCAAUGGUAAAUUACAAGCUGCUGUUCUAAGCUACUGAAAUGGUGCAAUUGUAUUGGUUAAGAACACAAAGUGAAAAUUCCAACAUUUGUUAUUGAUUGCAAGUUAUGAUGAAAAGGGGGACUUGAUUCACACGUAACAAAGCCUGCAUGCCUAGACCCUAAUCGGCACUUGAUUGAACAAGUGGGUUACGAGAGAAGACUUGUCUAGGUUUAGAGAAUCUACAGUACUCGAUUCCUCUUCUUCUCUGAAAGGCCGUCAAUUCAGACCACUGUGGCAUGUUUCUAUGUAAUUUGGUUUGCAACAGCGAAUGAGAUUUGGCCCAAUCAGUUUGCUUCAAAGACUGUUUCAAUAAUGUUCUAUAGAAGCUGAAGUUUGUUGCGUUUGGAUUUCUUUUUGCCAACAUCAUCUGUUAAAGUUGGCCAUUGCCUCCACAAAGGCCAUAUCUCUUCCAAGUCCGUCUUUAUCCAAGGGAGUAUUGGAGGCCAUGUCAUAAAGCUCUUUGUAAAUUACAAGCUAUUUUACGAAUGACUGGUCAACCUUUUUUACGGUCUAAUUCAAAAUCGAUAAUAAUCUGAUGUCUAUCAUUAACCACAAGAAUUUAUCACCAGUCGUUCGUAAAGUUGCUUGUAUCUUACAAACAGCUCAAAGAAACAUCCACAAGGAGGCCGUUUCAUAAAGCUGUUUGUAAGUUACAAAUGACUUUACACACGACUGGUAAGCCUUUCUUGUGCUUAUGAUAUAUCCCUAUGCAGCUGACAUAGCAGAUAAGAAUAUACUUCAUUCGUGCAUGAAGCUGUGCAUAUACUACCUAGGGGGUAUUUUAUAAGCUGUUUGUAAAGUUAUACAUUUUCCUAUGAAUGAGUGGAGUAUGGCAAGCCAAAUGAUAUGAAAUAAUAUAGAUACAUGGCUCUAUGAAACGCUGUCUAUGCUAAUUAACCCAUUGCUUACAGGAACCAGGUGAUCCCUGUACAAAGCCUAUUGGAAAACAGAAUUCAGUAGUCAAGUGGUUACUAUGACCCUCAAGGAAUCCAUCUGAAAAGGUUCAUUAUUUUAAAAUUAAGGAAUAAGGUCACAAUAUUUUUUAUACAGAAGGCAAAACGUUGAUAACCAAAUGGUAAAAGAUACUUUAAAAAUUCUCUUACAAACAUAUGUUUAAAAGAUUUUGUGAUGAAAAAAAAUGGGGCAUGCAUCUCUUUAUCAAAACUGGAGGGAAAUAAAAUUUGAUAUUUGUGUAAUUUGAACAUUUAUUUUGUCACAUGAAGCUUUCAUUUUGUAGUAUAUUUGCAAAACUCAAACUGCACAAAACAAUUUUAUUGAGAAUUUGGUAAUGUAAUAUGAUCCUGUCUCUGAAAAUUAAAGAAAAUCCCAGUUUUAACUUGACUUUGUGCUGAAAUUCCAUUUUGUAAAAAUGUUAUCUCGAUAGUCUGUCUUUAGUCUGCUCCCCAACUGUUAUUGCCCUACCCUAUAUAUGUAUUGCACAUUAUGUACCAGUAAAAAAAAGGUACGGUUUGUUCUUUUGAUAUUGAAACCAAUUUUUCCAUUUAAAUUAUGCCCAUUUUAUUUCAAAUUGAAAACUUUUUACAUGCUUUUCUACUAUGAGGAACUUAAAUUAUUAUUUUAUAGAAAUAAGUUAAGUCACAAUGACAUUCUACAAUUAAGAAUGUCACUUUGUUUUCCUUAAAUGGAAACCAAACUCCCGAUGCAAUUACCGCGUGCCAUUCGCAUUUUAAAUAGACAAGUUUUUUGUGCUUUUGUAUUGUGAGGAAGACUAAUUAGAUCAGGAGUCACUAAAUUUUUCAAAAAAAAUGUUGCACAAGUUGUAUGAUUCUCGUCAAUAAAACUUCAGCUGUAUGGACCAUUAGGAAUUGCAGUAUGAGAGCUUACUCUUCUUCUGACCAAUAUGCCAAUAUAUAUAAAUGAGCUCUAGUGCUGUAGGAAUGAAUAUGUAUGAUAUUCGCCAAAGCAUAUGUUCCAGCUACCUAAUAGCAUUUGUACAACCUAAAUUGAAACUGCCAAUUGAUUAUUGUGAUAUAGUACUUGUUGAUAUAUAUAUAUUAUGGAUAGAAAUUUUAUAUUUAUUAUCUAUUCAAUGUCCUGGAAUCCCUUAAGGUAUAAUCAAUGAUGUUGAUGUAAUAAUUUUUUUUACAACAAAUUACAUUUGAUUGGGUCUCUUGGUGGAAAUAAUCAUUUUUGUAUCCUUCAUAUUUUCUUAAAGGUAUGGUGUCUCUAAAUUGGGAACCAGUUAAACCUGAAUAAAAGUUUUGGAUUGAAGAUGAAAACAAAAGUCUUGGAAAUGGGGCUUUUAGCAGGACUGUCCUGUCAUUUUUAUCCAUUUAUUUUUGGUUGAAUUUUUUCUUUCAAACCUAACCUGUUCUCACUCCGCUAGAUCGCACUGGAUGGACAUUACUUUAAUUUAUUCUAGCAUAAGAAAUUUAAAUAAUGAUCUUAAUAUUUUGAGAAUUGAAACGAAAGCAUACAGUACUAUCAAUAAGAUCAACAAUUGAAAUAAUUCCAUAAACCGGGGGAGUGUUUCAUCAACAUUUUCAUCCAACAAGUUGUCAGAUGUGACGACUUUCCGUGAUUCUGAUUGGCUUAGAAGCAAUGUUACUAUGGUAACUGUCAGAUAAAACAGGACUUGUCUGAUCAAGUCCUUUCAUGAAAUGCUCCCCUGAGAUUAUUCAAUAAAUCAACUCUAGUUAAUCAUAUGUAGUAGCAUUUAUUGUAAUUCUGAGCAGUGCACAGUUUUGUAAGAUAAUGCUGCAUUAUGUUACAAUUCAAUUAAAAUUGAUAAAUGUAGUGCAGAGACGUAAAACCUGGGCCCCAUUUCAUAAAACUUGCUAUUAGAGUAACUUUGUCAUCUAGUUGUAUCUUUCAUGGAAUUCUUGAUUCUGAUUGGCCUCAGAGCAUGGUUGCCAUGGUAAUUAGCAGUAGAUGACAGGGUUACCAUAAGAGUAAUUUUCAUGCAACACAGACAGGACUAGAAAGAGGGCUAGUUCCAAAUACAUGACAUCACAAAUAGUGGUCGCAUUGCCAUUGUUAGUAUCUAUCAUUAUCUCGAAUAACAGCAGUAAUAUUGACAUAUCGAAAGCUCACAACUUUCUUAUUGUUUGUCUAAUGUUCUCAAAAUUUCUUUGAUUUCUGUUUUGUUUGUUUUCACAAAUGCCAAGUUGUUGCAAGGGUUCCAUUUGCCUUUAAUUAGAUCAUAUUCCAUGUACCUGCAUUGCUUGAAAAACCAAAGGGGGCUUAACCUUCUUAUGUUGUUUUAGCUUAUACGGUGCGUAUCAUUCAGUAGUGAAUAAUUUGCGCCAUUAUGCGAAUUCAAGUCAUAGUCUUGUUCCCAGGUUUCAUGAUUAUGUACUACAUUUAAAUGUAAGCAUCAUGAAAUGUAAUGUAUUGUAUAGAUAUUGUGUUGUGAAUAUUGUUUUAUAGAUUAUGGUCACAUGGUGAAAUUAAAAUGGAUAUUUAUGUUAGCGAUUGAUAAUGUGAUAAUUGUGAAAUAUAUAUUAAUUGAAUGUAAUUAACAUGAUUCACAGAGCAAAUACAAGUAAUGAUAAUAUCAGCAA